UCUGAGCAGCUGCGCGGCUCUGGGCGGCGUGUCCUGGGGGCGGGACCGCGUUUCGCUCAGAAGGGCUCCUGGGGAUUCGGCGUUCCAGGCGCCGGCCCGAGAGCACACGCUCCUCAGAGCAGCACAGCCGCCCGCGCGCAGCUCCAGGCUCUCCGGGUCUCCGGGCAGCACCGCUCAGCCCGCCGCCCUCACCAGGCUGCUGGGGACCGUCCCCGACUCCCACGUCCUGCCGAGCGACCCUGGUGAGUCCGGGCCCUCCCUGAGGACACCUCCUCGGUCACUGGAGAAUAAGGCAGAAGGCUCGCCAAGAGAAGCGUAAAUGAAGUGCUUGUGGUAGUGGAGAAGAAUUGGAAACCGCCCGCAUGCAUCACUCGGGUUGGUUGAGAAACUGAAGUACCCCCAUGCCGCGGAAGCUUAUACAUUCACUUACGAAGAAACGUUGCUAGGCAAGUGUGUCCUGAUGCCAGCCCAGCUGUCACAGAGAAUCCCUCUGGGAGACUGAAAGGCUUAGCUCUGGAACCUCAAGCUAAGGCUGACUGGCCCUGAGCCUUAGGCCAGGGGCAUGGCAUCCCUUCAGGAGCUCCAAGACCCUGCUCCUGGGAAGGAGGAAGGACUUACGAUUGUGAAGGUGGAAGACUGCUCCUGGGAACAGGAGCCUGCCCAGCUGGUGGACAGCAGGGAUUCAGAAGCCUGCCGUCAGCGGUUCCGACAGUUCUGCUACAGGGAUGCGGGUGGACCACAUGAAGCCUUCAGCCAGCUGUGGGAGCUCUGUUGCCGCUGGCUGCGGCCUGAGCUGCGCAGCAAGGAGCAGAUCCUGGAACUGCUGGUGCUGGAGCAGUUCCUGGCUGUGCUACCAGGGGAGAUCCAAGCCCAGGUGCAGAGACAGCACCUUGGGAGCGGUGAGGAAGCUGUGGCUUUGGUGGAGGACAUACAGAACCAGUCACUGAAAGCCUGGCCACAGGAUGAGUUCUCAGAGGUGGAGCCUAAGGCAGCAGUCCAGGGACUCCAAGCCACAGGGACUCCCCAGAAGGCAGGGGUGCAGAAGCAGCUACGUGCACCCCAAGAGCAGCACAGCCAUGAAUGGAGCUCCCUGAACCCUGCUCAGAGGGACCUCUUGUGGGACAUCAAGAGAGAGAACUCCCGGAAUGCUGCCCUUGGUUUGAGACCCAAAAGCCAAAAGCCCCCUGCAGAGGAGGCAGUGACAGCAUUGUUGGGACAGACAGAAGUGCCUAUGCCCUGGAAUCCUGAGGAGGCUGAGACCGAGGUCUGGGAGAAUGAGAACCCAACGAGAACAGCCCUGGACCUGGUGGUAGCGCGUCGGGGGCGGCCGCCCACUCGCAGGCGCCAGUUUCGGAACUUAGUGACCGAGAAGCCCCACAGCUGCCUGCAGUGUGGGAAGCGCUUCCGCUGGGGUUCAGACUUAGCCAGGCACCAGCGCACGCACACGGGUGAGAAGCCACACAAGUGCCCUGAAUGCGACAAGAGCUUCCGCAGCUCUUCCGACCUGGUGCGCCACCAGGGCGUGCACACCGGGGAGAAGCCCUUCUCCUGUUCUGAAUGUGGCAAGAGCUUCAGCCGAAGCGCCUACCUGGCCGACCACCAGCGCAUCCACACAGGCGAGAAGCCCUUUAGUUGCAGUGAGUGCGGCAAAAGCUUCUCCCUUCGCUCCUACCUGCUAGACCACAGGCGUGUGCACACGGGCGAGCGGCCCUUUGGCUGCGGGGAGUGUGACAAGAGCUUCAAGCAGCGUGCACACCUCAUUGCGCACCAGAGCCUGCACGCAAAAACGGCCCAACCUGUGGGGUGAGCUGAUGGUGGGACCUGAGCAGCCCCCUCCCUCGCUCCCCAGGGACACUUACCGUGACUCUCACAGAAUCUCGUCCUUCCCCCUGGGGAAUUCUCCACUUACCUGUGACCACUGCCAGCCUGUCAAAGGGACGCAAAGACCCCUUUACUGAACUGGCCUGCCUGCUUCCAGGAUCCUGCUGCUGUGUCUCCCUUUCUUGCUCUGGGUUUCUCUUCCGUUUGCUUCCUGGAGCUUCAUAGUUUGCAGUUGAGGAUCAGGUGGUAUGAGGGCUCAGGCAGGACUAGGGUUUUCCAGAAACCUCCAGCUUUGCUUGGCCCACCAGCCUGGCUAAGUCUCUGCCCAGUCUACUUGUGCCUUCCAGGGGGACUGGCCUCCAUCCCCAGGGGGCUGCUGGAUUUUGGCCUUGGGAAGGACCAUGGGCCCACACCAAUGGGGAUUUAGGUCCUGCGUUCCAUCACAGCAGCUUCUUGGCCUUCACUGUUCCCCACACCCCUCAUCCUUCCAAAUUGUGACCACUCUGUCCUGCCCUGAUCCCUGCUCUGAUCCUCGAGAUGCACUGCAGGUCUGAAGGUUAGUGGAGGUGGUGGCUGCAGCAGCAGGCUGACUGGAGAACAUGCAGUCCUUCAGAUGUGUGGGUUUUGUUGUACUUAACACUAGCACUCCAUCAGCACUUUGUAGCUGACUCCUCAAGCACUGUAUUUCUAUGUUUUUAAUCUGCAUUGCGUGCAGAUUCAUAUUAACAUGGACAGACCAUGGACCCUCCAAAAGGGCUCAGCCCAGUGGGCUUCAGAAGAGUUUGAAUAAACAUGGAAUAUUUGCUCUAG